UGUGGAGGAGGCUACAUGACCAAUGCCUUCCAGUAUGUGAAUGAAAAUGGAGGUAUUGACUCUGAAGCGGCCUACCCAUAUGUUGGACAGGAUCAGACCUGCCGCUACAAUGCAUCAGGCAUGGCAGCCCAGUGCAAAGGCUACAAGGAGAUCCCAGUGGGUAAUGAGCGCGCGCUGGCUGUUGCACUCUACAAAGUUGGUCCAGUGUCUGUGGGCAUCGAUGCACAACAGAGCAGCUUCCAAACUUAA